CUUUUUUCGGAGGAAUAUUUUUAUCUGACCUUUAGCAUAUAUUGAAAUUUGUUCAAUAUAUACGGAAGUAAUUUGUCUAUGGAAUUCAUUUAAACAAAUAAAUAAAUAAAAAUGAAUCGAGUACCGCCAGUAUCGCCUAGGAGGCCUCCUAUACAACAACAACAACAACCUGAGUUAUUCGAUUUACCAAAUCAAUUGAAAAUAUGGGCUAUCAAUAUGUUUCAUACAACAGCAAGUAAAGAACAGAAAAAAUAUGAUCCUGUUGAACUUAUUCUACGCUUUAUAUGGGAUGAUAUUUAUAUAACACAUGAGAAACCAGAAUAUUUUGAUAAUGUCACUGUUAAACUCCCAAAAUUGCAUACACUAUUCUCAACAACAUUUAAAAAUAACACUGAUUCUGAACAAGAAUACAGUUUUCGAACAGAACGAUGUACUAGAUCAAUGGCAGAGAUAGAAAUUCAAAAAGGUGUUAUUAUGUCGAAAGAAUUAUCAAUAAAAUUAGCGCUGCCAAAUUCAAUCAUGGAGGCCAACGCUGGAUUCAAACAUGAAAUAUCUAUUGGAACAUCAACCAGACAAUCCACUGAAGAAGAACUUGCUUGGGGCAUCGACACACGGAUUUCAGUGCCUCCUAGACGUUCUGCUUCUGCAGAGAUAAAAAUUGAAGAAGAAGAAAUGAACUGUUGUUUUCGACUAAGAACUACAAUGUAUGGACGACUUCGUGCAACAUUCUUAGAUCCAAUUCAUGAUAAUUCAUUAGUCAAAUAUCUUGAAGGUGAUUUAGGCACAAUUAUACAAGAAAGGCUUACAUCACAACAUUGUUUACAACAAAAUGGUCCAGAUAAUGGUCCUUAUUUAUGGACAGAACCUAUGAAAUCUGGUCAACGUUUAUUCUAUAUGGAAACAUGGGGUCGAUGUAAAUUUCGUUUUGGUGUACAUCAAGCAGUAGAAGUUAAUCAAAAAUAUGAUCAAUGA